AUGCACUCAAACAUAUUUGGAUAUAUUUUCGCCGACAUCGAACAACUACGACGUGAGGCUGUACCCUCAUCGAAUGAAAAUAAUACGGCUGGUAAUGUGGCGUCACUAAUUGCACAGCCACCUGCAUAUAUGGAUGCUGACGUGGAUAUUAUAUUUGUGGUUGAUUCAGGCGAUAAUGGAAUAGUCUCCCAUGAGCUGGAGAAAAUGCGGAGCGUAUUGGAAGGGGCGAUUUCGGAGACACGCAGUUCACCUCUCAAAAAUCGACCGCAACUUCCCCGCAUACCCCUAAGCAAGCGGAAUCGGGCUGUCGUACGGGCUCUUAGCCCAAUGCUGGUGACCUAUUUGGACGCCAGCUGGGACCUUCGCGAGACGGACUCAAUUGUUUUUGGCGCCACACUGGCAGUUUGCCGUAUUUUUGGCGCCAAACUUCUCACAGCUGGAUGCGCUACUACACAAAGUAGCGCCAUCCCAACCUGA